AGCAGCCACAUGCCUGGCAAGCUAAUUUACCAUGCCAACAGCAGGAGGGAAUGACAGCAAAUUCAUGUUUCACCAAGUAAACCUCAAACUCGCAGGCUUUCGCACAUCCACCUCACUUUGCAGAGCAGAGCGGCUGUCCCAGCCCACUGAGAAGGUGCAGGACGGAGGGUUAGGGAGGCCGAGCUCCCCCUGCCCUGGGCACCGUCCGCAGGUACCGAGCGGCCCCGGGGCACCCAACGGGCCGCCCCGGCCAAGCCCCGUCCCGCUCCCGCUGGCAAGCCCAUCCCAGCUGCCAGCCGGGGAGCUCCCGGCUAGCGCUGACAAACGAGGGCGCGGGACAGGGCCCCCCAUCGCUCCCCAGCCGGAGCGGCGAGGCUGGACGGCCGCUCGACUGCAGCUCCUCCACACCACAGGCCGUCCUGCCCCGUAACUUCACUUCCGGGGCGGCCAUUUUGGGCGGUCCGUGGCUGGUCGGUGCGGCGGCGGGGCGGGCUCGGCCCGGG